AGCAGUCGGUGAGGUGGACACCACACUGAAGUGUUUGCGAUGCCCUCUCUCCGGGUCUGUCUUUGCUCGGCCCUGCUCUCGGUGUCAGUCCUGGGUUACAAUUUUUCGUCCAAUGGUUGGACAAUAUCCGGUGCUGAUGAGCUGUCUGCCAUGGAAGGGGCCACCGCUGUGUUGCCGUGUACAUUCACGCACCCACCCACUGAUCACAUCCUCACCGGCUCCGUGCUGUGGCACAAGAGAAAAUCCGGGGUUGAGAGCGUUGUUUUUAACUGUACAUAUCCCGGUCCCGGCCGCUCCCGGUGCGAUGAAGUGACACAGGAGGCCGGAGGGAGCCGGUGCAGUUUCGCAGGGCACCUCAGACAGAGGGAUGUAUCGAUAAUGGUGGGGCGACUGCGCCGGGAGGACGAUGGUGCUAGGUUUCGGUGCCAAGUGGACCUCAAUAUUGGACCCUUUCACACUGUGGUCCCAACACGCCUGACUGUGAUAUCUUCCGGCGAGAAUGUCUCAGUGGUGACUGGGACUGAGGGGGCUUCGGCUACGUUAUCAUGUGUGUUCCCACCGCUCAAGCACGCCCUUCUCGCGGUCACAUGGAUGAGGAAGGAUCCUUGCCGACACAUCGUCACGUUCAGACCCCAAGCUGAUGGAUCCUGGGCGGCGGAGAACGGAGCAACUCGGUUCGAGCUGGUCGGCAACCCAGAGCAGGGAAACGCCUCAACCAGGAUAAAGCAGCUGAGGGUGGAGGACAGUCACGGCUACUUGUGUCUCGUGCCGAUCAGGAAACCGGAGGCAAAAUACCUAUAUAUUUUAUACACUCCGUUUAUUCAUCAGUACCAACGUGAGCUCCGGCUGCGGGUCACACCCGUCACACAGGUUGCCCCCAUUGUGAUCUUGUGUAUUCCGCUUGGAUUGAAAACCUUUGCCCUGUUAGUGAUGUCUUUCAUUUAUUGUAGUGCCAAACUCAGAAAUGGUCGAGACUGAUAGAUCGCAGGAGGCUGGGAGGACCGAAAUUUCGAACACCGUGUACAUCCAAUCGGCCAACCCCCUACUGAAAGUGUCCACGGACCUACGCCGCACCUACGAUCGCAAUCUUUCGUUGCGUGCCAUGGUAUCGACUGGCAAUUUCAUCCGGUUCAUACAUUUCACAGCAGAUCGCCGUAUCGUUC